GCCGGCGCGCUGCCUCCGCCUGGGAGCCUUCUGCGACACGUGCUCCCAAUCCGUCUGGGUUCUGGUAACUGCAGGCUCGGGCUCGCGUGGGGGCCUGAGUGGGCCAUGGCGGUGGCUGCGGCGAAAACGCGCGUGUUCCUGGAAGUGCGGAGACGGCUGCAGAGCGCGCUGCUAAUCCUGGGUGAGCCCGAUGAAGGAGGCAUGCACCUGGACAUUUCCAUAACGCCCACGUCACUCUUGAUGCGAACCCCUGAUGGCUGCACCGAGACCCAGCUUCCAGCAGAGGUCAGGCUUGUGCCUUCCUCGUGCGGCGGGCUGAAGUAUGUCAGCGGAGAUGGGUUGCACCUGCGUCUGCAGGCCCACACUGAAUCCAGCCCACAAUUGAUUUCAGUGUUUAAUCAAAGCUUGCAAGCCCAAGAACGUUGCACAUUUUAUUGCCAGACUUGUGGUGAAGUCACGAUAAAGGACAGGAAGCUCCUCAGGGUGCUCCCACUGCCUAGUGAGAACUGGAGCGCUCUGGUUGGAGAAUGGUGCUGUCACCCUGACCCCUUUGCUAACAAGCCUCUCCAUCCACGUGAAAAUGACUGUUUUAUUGGGGACUCUUUCUUCUUAGUGAAUUUGAGAAGUGAUUUGGAGCAGGAACCAAAAGCAAAUACCAAAGUCAUUUGUAAGCGUUGCAAGGUAAUGUUGGGAGAGACCAUAUCAUCAGAAACAACUAAAUUUUACAUGACAGAGAUAAUUAUCCAGCCAUCUGAGGAAAGUUUUCCUAACAUACCAAGGUCUCAGUUUGUUCAGAGUGUUAUUGCCCAGUGCCUGGUGGAACUCUCUUCUGCUAGAAGCACUUUUAGAUUCACGAUUCAAGGUCAGGAUGGCAAAGUGUACAUCUUGCUCUGGAUUUUAAACUCAGACAGUUUGGUGAUCGAACCUCUGAGAAGCUCCAGGUGUGUCAAGAAGUUCCCACUGUUGGAAGACGCAUCGGAAGCCGACUCCGGCUCUGCCUGGAAUGCCAUCAAAGUCCUCUACCAGCCCUGCGUCAAGAGCAGGAAUGAAGAGCUCGCCAGCACCUGGGAAAGUGACAUCAGUGUCCACCCUUUAACCUUGCCCUCUGCCACCUGCUUAGAGCUGCUGCUGAUCCUGUCCAGGAGCAACGCCUCACUGCCACUGUCCCUCCGCCAAAUGAAUUCCUUUCAGGUGGCCUUUUUGAAGAUGUAGCUGUUGAAGCUGAGGCCUUCUGGUCUACCAGCAGACAGCCUCCAGCACAGAGCACAGCCAAGGCCAGGAGUCUGCUCUGUGAACAUCCCUCGCCUGCCGAGAUGAACAAUGCUGUAGCUGCGGAAUGAGGGCCUUGUGCUGAAGUUUCCACUUUCCCCAUUUGCAUUUAUUCUCUAAGAGCUGACUUUAGCUCUGUGCAAAGCCAAGGCUUGCAGGAAAGUUGUAGUAGCAGGUUGUCUGCAGGUUAAGUAUAGAAGUUGCACCUCUACUUCCCACAGAGAGGAAUAUGCAAGUCUGUGCUGUGUCAGCACCACCUGGAAGCAGAUUAGCUAAUGGAAACCCAUCUGUCCUGUGUGAACACAGCGAGGAACUACACUGGGGAGCUGAAUGUUAAUGACUGUAAAUCCUGGGAAUAAACUUUUAAAGAGCUCCAGGUUUGUUUCAAACACAUUUUUAAAAACUAAAAUACAGAAGUUUUCAUAUCUUAGUCAAAGAAGAUGCUCGUUGGUGUUUGUUGAGUGAGGGAUUAUCCAAUUAAAGUUUUCCUGAGGGUGUAAAACCACAUGUGUUCUUUUUAUUCUUUAUUCCCUUCACCACAUGCUAUUGCAAAUUAAUAAAUGGACAAUGCUGGCUUCUU